AUGACUAUGGAACUGCGCCAACCUUCCUUGGCGGAUAAGAGUCUCGCCGAAUUUAUGGCUCGGGACUAUUCUCUUUCGCUUAUGACCUCCUCUUUUUCGACAACUCGCGCCAUAUUGCAGGAAAUGGUGAUAGUCGCAGCCAACAUUCAGCGACUAGCAUGCGCUUGCCUAAUCACUCUGUUGACCCGGCUUCGGAAGUCACGCGACGCUGGCCUUCCAUCCUGGAUUGAGGAGUAUCGGGUCUACCGCGCGCUAUGGCACCUUCAAUUGUGUUUUGAUCUAUUGGUCGUUGCCGACAGGCUAGAAUGGGCCCAAAGUGACCUAGAGUAUCUGCGGUCUCACUACAUGGACUUGAAUCAAUUGCCUGAUAUAGCUGCGGAUGAGAUCCUCUCCGUCAAGGAAUGUCUAGAGGAUCUAUCUAGUGCCGAUACAGAUUAUACUACACAGCCCUCGGUGGAAUCGAACAGCAGUGAUAUGGCUCUCAUUAAAAAGCUACCGAUUGCCACUCAACUAUCCUGCAAAUUCGACGUUUGGUCACCUCCUCUUGCACCUAUACUUUCAGACUACGACGCGGCGGGCAUUCUAAGAGACAUCUGGGGCCGGGGAACCCGGAUUACCAAAAGGAAAUCUAAAGGCAACCUUUGGCGCUCGUGGCAAAUCCGCAGCAGAACCCAUCCUGCCAAAUUUCAGGCAUGCAGCCUCCAGGAUUCCCGUCCAUGGCGCGCACUGGGGAUGCCGUUCUGGGAUCGCUGGCGGUUCUAUGGGCUGGGACUUUGGACGGCCCAAUGGCCCGUCCGGCCGGAGUCAGGACCCAUUUUGACUCCCGACGGAGUGGAGGUACCGAAAGGGGCUGAUCCCCCUAUCAGCGGUGAGGAAAUUGAUUAUCGCUUGUCUGUUCUUGUCGACGCGCGUGUGCAAAUGGAACGUCAAGAGAGAAUGGAGCGAAUGGCAGAAGAUAAACUAGCCAGAGAAUAG